UCACGUGACACCUGCUAAUUAGUGUUGAUUGGUUUGAAGCUUGUCGUCCUGCAGAGCAUCAGCACAGCUUGGAGUCACGGGGUGGUCAGGCGGCGUCGUGACGUCGCGCCUGUGACGCAAGAGGGGCAUCCCCCCCGAGGGGCGGACUCAGAGACGGAAGCAGCCGGGGAGCAGAGAGCAGGACGCGGAUCACCGACACGCAAACAUGGCGCUGAACCGCAACCACUCGCAGAACGGAGGCGUGUUGAUCAACAACGGAGAAAGUGUUUUGAGGGAAUGUAAGAAUGUGGAGCUGACGUUCAGCGAUGUCACAGGCAAGACAGACCUUAUGAAGGGGACCAAGAAGGGCACAGUGUACCUCACACCAUACAGGUUGCUGUUUGUGUCGAGUAACACUAAGGAUUGCCUGGGUUCGGCCAUGUUCCCGUAUUAUCUGAUGAAGGGCUGCAGCAUUGAGCAGCCGGUCUUUGCAGCCAACUACAUCAAAGGGACAGUUUCAGCUGAGGCUGGUGGUGGCUGGGAGGGCCAGGCUCAUUUCAAGAUGUCAUUCAACAGUGGAGGAGCCAUCGAACUGGGACAGCAUCUGUUCAAACUGGCCACAAAUGCUUCUCGUGCCGGUCCUGCCCAGAAUGGUGCUGCCUCUUACGGCUAUCCGUCACCAGGAAUGAUGAAUGGCUACGGCCCAUCUCCACCUGCUCCUCAUGGCUAUCCGUACCCACCCCCUCCCCAGCAGAAUGGAUUCUACCAGGGGCCUCCCGCUGCUCCUGGCAACAUGGGCUACACUUACCCAACAGCUGCUGCAGGAAUGUACCCAUCUGGUUUUGACUACAUGGCCCCACCUCCCCCUUACCCUGGGCCACCCCAAAAUUGGACUGCACCCCCUCAGAAUUGGACAACAGCACCACAACAAGCUCCAGGUAACUCCAAGGCGGCUGAGGCAGCGGGCAGCGCGUAUUACAACCCCAGUAAUCCUCACAAUGUCUACAUGCCCAUGGAGCGGCCUCCACCAUAUGCACCUUAUCCAGAUUCUCCCAAAAAGAAAAACAACUGAGGCUCCAUCACUUCGAUGACACUCUUCUCUCUUCCUGUAUCUUAUAUAUAUAUAUCUAUAUAGAUAGAUCUAUAAAUAUAUAUAUACAUAUAUAUAUACAUAUAUACAUAUAUAUAUAUAUAUAUAUCCUUAAGUCAGGAGUGAGGUUGAUGGACUGUCACUCGAGUAGAAUGCAGAAAAUGAGUUGCAAGUAAUAGAGUUUAAAAGAUGUCAGUGAUAACUCCCCAAUGAAUGAAUGAUGUUUUGGAUACUGGAAUAGCUUACUUAACAAUCACAUCUUAUAAAUGCUGUUUUUUUCCUUGUUCUUAAGUUCAAGUGAUUAGCAUAAAAUGAUUGGCAAUUUAAAUCUCUGGGUUUGCAGAGCCUCGUUAUUAUUAUUAUUUACAUUUCCAGUGAUGGGAUUAUUAUAAUUUUUAUUUCUGUCUAAAUCACGUGAGUGAGGGCAACAAAACUGUCCUAAUUAAUAGCCGAGAGCAGGAGGUAGUGUUGGGAAUGUAUUUUCUAAAGGCAGAUUUAUUACCAAAACAUUUUGUAGCAAUUUCUUGAUUGCAGAGUCUAUAGAUAUUAAGAUUAUCAACUUCUACUAGAAGUAUUUUUGCAGUAUCGUUAAGUAUGGUGUGUUCCUAUACAGAUUUGCAUUGAGUAUUUGUUAUCAAUAUAAGAAGCAGUAAAAGGGUUGAGUAGUGUUCAGUGAUACAUUAUCUGACUGAUUAACAUUUCCUUCAUAUAUAUAUACGAAUAAUGUGAUUGUGUUCAGUCGAAGUGAUUCCAGUUAUUUUCAGAUUCAUAUCUCAGUUCCCUGCGUAGUCAGUGGUUUUGGUCGUCAGAAGGAAAAGUGUACGGUUUGAAAAAAGGGGAUCAGAUAGAUUUCUUACAUAACUACUCUUUGUAUGUGCAAUAUUUUAACCACACAUAAUAAGUUCAAAGGUGGAUAAGCCGGGUUUACCUGCUUGACCCCUUCGUUUUCUGUUGUAUUCAUGUAUGCAAGGAUGAAACCAGAACCCUGCUGUUGGGAGUCAUUACACGAGUGUGAGGUUACAGGGCCUCCAGGAUUAUAUUAAGGGCCCAGAGUGUUUUGCCUGCUAUUGAAACUUGUGAACGCCAGCCAUUUAUUCCUAAUUAAACUGGGGCGAGGCACCAACAAGCUGUGUAAUUACAUCCCCAGUUAACACCUGUUUGAAGGACUAUUUGCACACAGCAGUGGUGGAGAGAAGUUCAUAUUGCGUUUGAAUUUUAGUUUGCUUGAAUUUCUGUACAUUAAUAUCUCUUUUCAAUUCCUUGUACCUUUUGCUGAAUGUUCAGUCUGUCAGUUAAAAUCUAAUAAAUGUGUCAUUUAUUAAAGUUCA